UGAGAGGGCACGGGGAAAAGGUGGCUCUGUGGCCGGGGCGGCUCGGCUUCCUGGGGGCUAUGUAGCUAAGCUGGUCGGCUCGGGGUCCUCUCUCGCUGCCCGCACGCCGAGUUGCUGCUCGGGAGAGACGCUUGUCCUCAAGCCCGCAGCGCCCCCUUCGACGGCCUAGCCGCCUUCUUGCUCGUCCGUGGGAGCGUCCCGGCCGAGCCAAGCCCUGAAGGGGGAGGGGAGGCCAUUUUGUCCGGACCGACUCCCCGGAACCGGGCGGAGCGGCUGGGAGAGGCUGCGGGAGCCGCGGUCGCCGCCCUCGGAGGCACCGGACGCCGUCACCGUCGGGGGCUCGCUCGACGAGACCGUUCAUAGGUUGCCCGCGCCCUCGGCAGCCCUCGGCUUUCCCACGCUUUCCUCCCCGUUGCCCCCAGUCCUCCGGCCUGGACGCCCCGAGAGAGGAGUUGGCUGUAGUGAACAGGAGCGAUCCCUUGGGGCCGCCGGCGGCGAGAGCCCGAGCCGCUCCUCCCAAUGGCGAAGAAGACGUACGACCUGCUUUUCAAGCUGCUCCUGAUCGGGGACUCGGGAGUGGGCAAGACCUGCGUCCUUUUUCGUUUUUCGGAUGAUGCCUUCAACACCACCUUUAUUUCCACCAUAGGAAUAGACUUUAAGAUCAAAACAGUUGAAUUACAAGGAAAGAAGAUCAAGCUUCAGAUAUGGGACACAGCAGGCCAGGAGCGAUUUCACACCAUCACAACCUCCUACUACAGAGGAGCAAUGGGUAUCAUGCUAGUAUAUGACAUCACCAACGGUAAAAGUUUUGAAAACAUCAGCAAAUGGCUUAGAAACAUAGAUGAGCAUGCCAAUGAAGAUGUGGAAAGAAUGUUACUAGGAAACAAGUGUGAUAUGGAUGAUAAAAGAGUUGUACCUAAAGGAAAAGGAGAACAGAUUGCAAGAGAGCAUGGUAUUAGAUUUUUUGAGACUAGUGCAAAAGCAAAUAUAAACAUUGAAAAGGCUUUCCUCACAUUAGCCGAAGAUAUCCUUCGAAAGACCCCUGUGAAAGAGCCCAACAGCGAAAACGUGGACAUCAGCAGUGGAGGCGGUGUGACGGGCUGGAAGAGCAAGUGCUGCUGAGCGCCCCCUGCCGACAGCUGCCAUCCACACGCGAUCUCUUGCUGCAAAUAAACCACUGUCCAUUUUCAACUCUAAACAGAUAUUUUGUUCCUCAUCCUAACUAUCCAGUCCACCUGUUUUGUUUGUUCUCAUCUGUGACUGCUUGCUGACUUUUUCUUUAAACAAGAAAAAUGUAUAGAAAAAUCAUGUCUGUGACUUCAUGUUUAAAUGGACUUGCUCAGCUCACCACUGCAUUUCAGUUGUAUUAUAGCCCAGUUCUUAUCAACAUUAAAACCUAUAGCAAUCAUUUCAGCUCUAUUCCGCAAAUUGUAUAAGAAUAAAAGUUAGAAUUAACAAUUUUAUUUUGUACAA